AUGCUUUCUUUGGCCCUUCUCGCUACUCAGCUCCUUGUUCCGGCCGUGUUCGCUAAGCUCUCUCUCCGCGGCGCGGAUAUCUCCUCCUUGCUCGUCGAAGAGGAGGCCGGUUAUACUUACAAAAAUGCGGCUGGAACCACAGAGAAGCUGGAGGUGAUUGCUGCCGGUGUGGGCAUCAACUCUAUUCGUCAGCGUAUCUGGGUCGACCCCACUGAUGGCACCUAUGAUCUUGCCUACAACAUUGAGCUGGCAACCAGAGUCCAGGCGGCCGGUAUGGGAACAUACCUUGAUCUCCAUCUGAGUGAUACAUGGGCAUCCCCCAGUGAGCAGACAGUCCCCACUGGCUGGUCCACCACGGACAUCGACACCCUGACAUGGCAACUAUACAACUACACCCUGCUAGUGUGCAACACGUUCGCCGAGAACGACCUAACAGUCGACAUCAUCUCGAUCGGCAACGAAAUCCGCGCCGGUCUCCUCUGGCCCCUCGGCGAAACCCCCAACUACGACAACAUCGCCAGUCUCCUCCACUCCGGUGCCUGGGGUGUCAAGGACUCCAACCUCGCCACGACCCCCAAGAUCAUGAUCCACCUCGACAACGGCUGGGACUGGGCCGAGCAAGAGUACUUCUACAACGAGGUGCUCGCCUCCACCACCGAUCUCGUGUCCACCGACUUCGACUACAUGGGUAUCUCGUACUACCCCUUCUACAGCUCCUCAGCCACCCUCACCGCGCUGGAGACUAGUAUGAAGGACAUGUACGCGGCCUACGGCAAGGACAUUGUUAUUGUGGAGACCAACUGGCCUGUUUCUUGCCCCGACCCUGAAUACGCUUUCCCGAGCGGUUUGACCUCGAUUCCGUUCUCGGUUGCGGGACAGGAGACCUUCUUGACGGAGUUGGCUACUGUUGUUGAGGCUGUGACGGGUGGCUUGGGUAUUUACUACUGGGAGCCGGCUUGGAUUAACAAUGCGGAUUUGGGAAGUAGCUGUGCCAACAAUUUGUUGGUUAGCACUUCUAAUGAUGAGAUUUACGCUAGCUUUACUGCGCUUGGAGCGCUGUAG